AAAUCCGCAGUUUGCCAAACAUAUCUAGCUGAGUAAUGCUUGUUGUAAAUACACAUUUAAAAAAUCUACUAUAAUGGCAACUGAAAUUGAAAUGGAUUUACUGACUUCAACUGUGCAAGCUCAAGUUACAGCAUCUGACGACUCUUUGUCUGAACCACCCCAAGAAACAUUCGAUAAUUCGACGAAAAUCUUUGUAAUAAUCCUAAUUGCCGUAUUAGUGAUUAUUGAUCUAGGCAGUUUUUUUACAAUAUUGUCACUGAAGGAUAUAGAACUUAGAGCCCAUGCGAACUCAUUCGUGGAUAAAAAUGUCAGCAUUACCUCCCCUCAGUUGGUUCAUCCUAAGAUUUAUUCUAGCGAGAUUUCCAGCCGAAGAUUUGAUGAAGACAGGGUUGUACUAAAAUUUGGUCGGCGAUUGGGACUAGAAUAAAAUCUGCUGCAAUUUUUGCGAGAUUUUAAAACUUUCUUUAUGGAUAUUUACAAUGUAAGCAGACUGGCGUUAAAACUGAAUGGUUCAACUAAAAUCUAAAAAAAUGUGUUAGGUAACAAAUGAAUAAAACGUGAAAUGAGUAA